UUCGACUGUUAUGAGGGGGCGACUGCAAACACCGCUGGGAUUUUUGAAGUGAAUGUCCCGACAGCGACGCCGCCAUGCUAGGGGCAACGUUAGACGCCACGUUCAGCUAAUAUGUUCUUAUUGGCUUCUGCGAUACUGCUACUCAGUACCGGUUUAGCAGGUUCCAUGCCUGGAGGACCAGGAAUACCCGAGAACAUCACAGUAACUUUCCUCAACCCCACAUCCGUGAAGGUGUCGUGGGCCACUUCGCUAGAAAGUGCCGACAAGUAUGACGUCACGUACAAACCCACUGACGCCAGUUACAGAGUGGUGGCGGUGGUGGCUGGAAACUCGGACGCUGUGACGUUGAGCGGCCUCAAGGCCGACACCCAGUACCAGGUGACCGUUGCUGCCGUCUGGGCCGGCAAGAAGUACAGGAGCAGGCCCAUUGUCUUCCGCACCCUGGGACCGAUGUGCGAACUGUGCGUAGAACUUAUGUGUGUUCCAGAGCCGCCUCGGUCGUCCCCCCAGCAGGACCCCAUGGCCGCCUUCUCCACGGAGGCCUCCACCACCAGGGAGAAGGAGCUCCUGCCCAACGACAUGGUGGAGUACCCGCAGACCAGCUCGACGGUCAGAGGCGUAGAGAUCGGGAUCGUCCUCCUGGUGCUCUUCGUGUGGAUAGCAGCCAUCGCGCUCUUCUUCAACCGGUGGGGGAAGAUCCGCAUGCUGCUGCCCUACCAGCCGGACUACAAGCAGGAGCAGCUGAAGGUGCCGGGAACGGCGGCGUGCGCGGCCGCCACCGCCACUGGCGCCGCCUGCACGCACAACUCCGGUGACCACAUUUGCCAGCAGCCCCCCAGGAAGCCGAGGCCGCGCAUGAACUCCGCCAUCUUCGUGUCGAACAGCGGGCCCGGACUUGACCCCAAGGAGUUCUUCCGGCGACACGGCUCCGUGUCGAAGCUGUGCCGGAAGGCGAGGAGCGUGGACAACAUAUCCCUGGAGGAGAAACACUUCGGACUGCCCCAGCUGUCGAUAUCGGGCCCGUCGCCUCCGGAGGACGAGGAGAGGUACCUGGAGAGGGACGUCGAGGAGACCGAAACGUUGAUGCAGCAGGAGUGAACGGUUUCCGAUGCGAUUCCAGUCUUAUACGUGUUUAGUUUUGUGGGAGGUUACGUCAAGUAUUUCGAAAUUGUUCAUUACAUUGUUUAAUGGGUACAUCCUAAACAGAUAGGCACAGGAUUUUAAUCAAAUGAUGUUCCUUUUCAAUCUACAGGGUGUCAGUUAUAAAAAAAAUCAAACUUUGACGAUGUUUGGAAACUGAGUUGAAAAUUUAACGAGUUAUUCAUAUUUUCGAUACUUUUCCAUCGAAAGAAAUAUAAUUAUUUACCAUCUACAUAUUUAUACAAGUUGUCCCGAAGUUAGAGUGCAAUCUAUGAUUAAAAAUGAGAGAUAAAGUUAAUUUGCAAUCAACAACUACUCUACGGACUAUAUGUCCGGACUAGCAUGGAAUUACAACAGCAAUAUCAUAUUAAAUACAGUUAGAGAACUAUCAAGUGCAAAAUCAGUAUAAGUCUGGUGUGUUCGGGGGAAGAACUGUAUUUAAUAUAAUAAUGCUGGUAUAAUUCAAAUUUAGUCAAGGCAUAUAUAGUCCGCGAGUAGUUGUUUCAUGAAAGAUCAUCAAUUAAAAUUUAUUUCCAUCCACAUAGUAGCGACAUCUGUCAUGCUUUCAUGAUGUCUGUAAUGCAGGUCACUACAUAUAUUUGCCAUUUUUGCCUGCUUUGUAGAUCUUGAGUCCCUAGAUAAAACAAUGAAAUUUGAAAUUUGAAUAUUACUAUUAAGUUUUAAGUCUUAUGUUCGAAAGUAGUUUCUAUAUUUUUGUCAGAAGCAUCCAAACCAGACCGUGUUUUCCCUAAAUUGUAUUCUUAAGUUUUUGUAUACGAACUUUUCCAAUAUUUGAUUCAAAUAUCAAAAAAUAUAAGUGUACCUAUAAAGAGAGUCUGAUAAAUAAUUAGUUAACAUACAAAAUUUAAAUAUUCAUUUUAGCUACUGACAAAGAAAUAUAUUUCUUAUAGCUUCCGAAAUUGAUAUAAAUCGACUGAAAAAAAUCCAGAUUAAAUUGCUACAUAGACUUCUAAACGAGAAUAAAACAAUACAGAGUGAUUCAAAACUUAUCCAAAAAAAAUAAUUAUUGUGCAGGGGACUCUUACAGAUACAAUUUCA